UUCAGCUUCUCAAGUAGCAGGUCUUGUGGGUCAGCACAACCGCUCAACAUGGUGACAGAAACGGACGGAAACAGUACUCUACACUGAGCUUUCAAGGGAGAUGAUCAAAACCACAAGAGGAAUAAGGAGAGUUUGAUUCCAGAUCCACUGUAAAGUGAAACAUUUCAACUAACAAUAAACGGACGUGAGGAGAACAGUGAGGAUUUUUCAUCUCGAGCCGUCUUUAGCUCGUCAGGGUCUCUACCGACGAUGAGAGAUGAGGCAGAGGCUACGGACUGUUCAGGAUCUUCAGUGGAGCAGAUUCCACAUUUUUUGCAGGAUGUCGUCUUCCAUGGCAAGUUUGAGUUGCUGAAGACGCUAACCCCAGAGGAAAAUACCCAUUGCCAACACGGCCUCUAUUUUCAAGAUGGUCAGCGGCACGUGGACUACGUUCUCACCUACGCUUUGAAGAAAUCAUCGGCGGGACGUUCCAUUCGAUACUCAACACAUUUGCUCACAGAAAAUGCUGUGGCACGCAGCCUGCGGCGUAACCAUCAUCCAUCUUCAAAAACGUCAACACUUUCCAAUGUGGAGCUAAACUGCCCAGGAGAAACCUAUAGUGCACACGAGGAUCAUAAAAACUUCAGGAGAGAGGAGUUUCAAGGGAAACUUCGAGAUAUGGGCCUGGAGCUGGAGAUUGAUGAAGACACCAAGAUCCUAGGUGUGGGAUUUGUAAAAAUUCAUGCUCCAUGGAAUGUUCUUUGUCGAGAAGCGGAGUUCAUGAAGCUUAAGAUGCCCACUAAAAGGGUCUAUGAAGUCAAGAAGUCAAGCGGUGUUAUCGAGAAGGUCAAUCAAAUCAUCAAUAAAGUUCUUGAGCCUCUUCAUCCUCAAGUUGAGGAACCCCAACCAAAGAACAUCAAACACCUGUCACACACUUUCUCCCGGGAAAAGCAACAUCUGUUUGACCUUUCAGACAAGGAUUCCUUUUUUGACAGUAAAACAAGGAGUUCAAUAGUUUACGAAAUACUAAAACGGACAAAAUGCAAGGCCAAGUACAGCAUGGGUAUCACCAGUCUCCUAGGUAGUGGUGUUUAUACAGCUGCUUACCCUCUCCACGAUGGGGAUAUUGAUGAAGAGAGCGCCGAGCCUAAUGACAGAAAACUUUUGUAUGAAGAGUGGGCAAACUACAGUGUCUUCUACAAGUACCAACCCAUCGGGCUAGUAAGGAAGUACUUUGGCGAGAAGAUUGGACUGUACUUUGCCUGGUUAGGCCUGUACACUCAAAUGUUGAUUCCUGCUUCCCUUGUGGGAGUCAUAGUCUUUCUGUAUGGAUGUGCAACUGUUGAUGACAAUAUACCAAGCAUGGAGAUAUGCCACCAAAAAAACAACAUCACCAUGUGUCCUUUGUGUGAUAAAGUGUGCAGCUAUUGGAAGCUGAGUUCUGCUUGUGGAACUGCAAGGGCCAGUCACUUAUUCGACAACCCGGCUACUGUAUUCUUCUCGAUAUUCAUGGCCCUUUGGGCUGCCAUGUUCAUGGAGCAUUGGAAGAGGAGACAAAUGAGACUUAAUUAUGAAUGGGACCUGACCGGAUUUGAAGACGAGGAGGACCACCCAAGAGCUGAAUAUGAAUUCCAAGUUAUGCAGAAGUCUCUCAGCAAAGAUAACAAAAAACAGUACAAGAUGGAAAAGCUGACGUGCCGAGAUCGUCUUCCCGCUUAUAUGACGAAUAUUGUCACAAUGUUGUUAAUGAUUGGUGUUACAUUCGCCAUUGUAUUUGGUGUCAUCCUGUACCGCAUCUCUACAAAAGCUGCUCUUCAUAUGAGCUCCAAUCCAACCACCCGGAACCAUGUACAACUUACUGUCAAAACAACAGCAGCCAUUAUCAACCUUGUGAUCAUCCUUAUACUGGAUGAGGUAUAUGGAGCUGUGGCACGAUGGCUCACUGUUUUAGAGGUUCCAAAAACGGACAAGAGUUUUGAGGAAAGACUCAUAUUUAAGACCUUUAUUCUGAAGUUUGUCAAUGCUUUCACACCAAUCAUCUACAUUGCUUUCUUCAGGGGAAGACUGGUCGGCCGACCAGGGAACUAUUUAUAUGUUUUUGAAUCCUACAGAAUGGAAGAGUGUACUCAUGGAGGCUGUCUGAUGGAGUUGUGUAUUCAACUGAGUAUCACCAUGUUGGGGAAGCAGUUAAUUCAGAACAACCUUUUUGAGAUUGGAAUACCCAAGCUAAAGAAGCUUAUUCGCUAUAUCCAGUCAAAGCAAAGCACUUUUCAAGAGGAGGAAAGGCAAAAAAAGUUGGAGCGAUAUGAAACCGACCACUUCCUGGAGCCAUUUUCAGGGUUAACACCUGAAUAUAUGGAAAUGAUUAUCCAGUUUGGGUUUGUCACAUUAUUUGUGGCGUCCUUCCCGUUGGCUCCAUUGUUCGCUCUGCUCAACAAUAUUAUUGAAAUACGACUUGAUGCAAAGAAGUUUGUGACUGAGCUACGUAGACCAGUGGCAGCAAGAGCCAAAGAUAUUGGUAUUUGGUACAACAUCCUUAGAGGGGUGGCUAAAGUGGCUGUCAUUAUCAAUGCAUUUGUCAUCUCCUUCACCUCAGACUUCAUUCCUCGGAUGGUCUACCAGUACAUGUACAGCCCUGACGGUACCAUGCAUGGGUUUGUCAACCAUACUCUCUCCUAUUUCAAUGUCAGCCACUUCCAGGAUGGGAAGGAGCCCCUUGAUCCCAUGCAACUUGGUUAUACAGUUGAGAUAUGCAGAUACAAGGACUACAGAGAACCGCCUUGGUCAACAACUCCGUAUGAGAUUUCAAAAGAAUUCUGGGCAGUACUGGCAAUUCGGCUGGCCUUUGUGAUUAUUUUUCAGAAUGUCGUCAUGAUGAUGAAUGACCUUGUGGACUGGCUAAUCCCAGACAUCCCAAAAGACAUCAGCCUCCAGAUCCACAAGGAGAAGAUUUUAUUAGUCGAUCUAUUUAUGAGAGAAGAGCAAGUGAAGAGCAUCAACCUUGAGAGCAGUGCCUCGGCAGUGAACAAGCACAGCAGGAACAACAACAACACAACCUCACAGCUGUAUUCAGACUCACAAAUACACGCCUAUUAGAACAACUACUGUAGUCAUUAAUGCUGUUUUAGUUGGCUUCCACAUACUUACUGUACGCAGGGGUGGAAAGAGUGCAAUUACAAUUUACUCUAGUAACUGUACUGAUGUAAAAAGCCACUCAAAGUAAAAAGUAGUUCAUUUCAAAUUUACUCAAAGUAAUAGUUACUUAGUUUUCUGUGUGGGUGUGUGUGUGCGCCAGGGGGGUGCAACAACAUUUAUGACAUUUGUACGAAUAUAUUUCCAUGUCGUUACAUAUACAUACAUAUGUGUUUAUUUUCUUUCUAUUACAGUAUGGCUUUACCCUUUUCUGGAAACAUUUGAAGUCUCCUCCUCAAAAUCUUGAUAUCAGGAUAUAGCAAUUUAUACUGGAUUUCUGACCACCAACGUGUGCUUUUCCAUCGUGUGCGCUUCAAUGGCGCGGCCCAGGAGGCUGGGAUUAACUUGCUCAUUUGCAUAAGAACACAAGAACCCGGUCGAACCUGGGCAAUGGUGCAAGGCCCAGGCUUUUUUUUGCGAUUGGACUUUCUAAAAGUAUUAUUUUCUAUCUUUUGUGCUCAUUUAAUUUGAUACUUUGUUCCAUAUUUCAUUUAUAACUUGUAUUAUUUUCUUUGCUGACCGGGAUUGUGUGUCGUCAUCUUCUGUUCAUAUAAGAAAAUUAGAAAUCCUGUAAAAAGAGAAAGCCGACUCCUUCUAUCUUUGCCACAACUUUCUUUUCUCUUUAAUUGGCAUCAUGGACAGGAUUCUCAGAGGAGGAGUUCAAAUUUUUACACAAAAGGGAAAACCCACUUUUUUGCAUAAGCUUGCAUAAACGGGCAAUCAAAAAUAUGUAUAAUUAUAUGUGAAUAAAUGGAAAUAUAUUCCGACACAACCAAGAUUACAGAAGUUAUAGCACCUACUGAUAAUGUAGCACAAAGGUAGCAGGACCCCUUUAUUUGUUAAAAAAAUAAAAUAUUUUUUUUUUUCUUUUUUUAGUUUUCAAUGUGUUGUAAAUUAUGUUUGCUAUGCUAAUUAGGAACUUUAAGUCAAGGGCUGCAGCAAUAGAGUAUAUUUGUAUAACUCGAUUAUCAAUUAGUGCAAAUAGUCGAGUAAUCGGAUUAUGAACAUUCAAUGCGUUUGCAGAAUAAAUUUCAGGAGAUGUAAAACUUGCAAGAUUGCACUUUAAAAAGAACAUUGAAUGCGAAUACAAAAUAAAAUUUGAGAGUGUUUCUUCAUUCUAUGCAUAAUUGCACUUGCAUUUCACAAGAGCAAUAAAUGCAUUUAAAAAUAAAUUAAAAUACCUGAUAUUAGCCUCAAACGGUAUAAAUAAAUAAAUGAGGAUCUAAGUACAACAAAUGAAUUGGCUAACUUAACUUGGCUAACAAAAGUCCGCUACCUUAAACGCUCUAAAAUACUAACUUUAUUUCUUACAAUGCUCUUAACAAAUCAUUCAAACACAUAUUUCAACAACAACAAAAAUGCUAAAUAUACCCAUAAACUAAAUUAAGAAUGCAUUAAAAAAAACACUAGCUCAAACAGAAAAUUACCUAAUAUUGGCCUUAACAGGGAGCAGCUGGAUUUACCCAUGUUAAAUGAGUUAUGUUACAUUCACUGUUGCCACUAGAGGGCAGUGUAUCCACCCAAAUCAAUAAAUCUAAAUGAAAACACUUUCAAAACAAACCAUUACAGCACGGUGACGGUGAGGGAGCACAUCCAAUAUGGAGGUGAUGCAAAACGCCUUUUUUGACAUAAUUGUCAUUCUGCAAUGUGUAGCUGUCUGAUGCUGCAAUUUCCCCCCUUUUUUCGCUUCUUUCAAAUACUUUGUAACGGAAUUACUCUAAAAUGCAACUGAGUACAUUAAUUCCAACACAAUUUACUUGAGUAAAAGUUUACAUUGCUUAUAUAUAUAUGCAUAUUUGCUGUAUGUACAUGUAAA